AUGAGGAAACAGAUGCGCUUUCUUAAGCAACCGCCGGCGAGUUGCAACCCAAAAAUGAACCCAGUCUCUUUGAAUGCCAUUCCCACCGCCUUUCCAGUAACCAAAAGCUGCGGUGCAGUGUUGAUCAGUUCCAAAUUCUUGUCUGAACGGAUAAGGUGGAGGGUGCAGAGAAAUAAGCUUCUAAUUCCUGUCGGUGCAGUUAGAAUGACUGAUGGCCGCGGAGGUCUUCUCAACCACGAUUACGGAGGAGAACGUGGGGUUUGGGAGAGUGGAGGCUCGCGUUGGGGACCGGUCCACGCACCUGGCAGGGUGGUUCUCCCCGCGCAGAAGGGGUGUCCCGGAGCCCGCCCCCGGGGCCCCGUCGGCGUCCGCGCGCGCUUCUCCCGGGCGCCGGCAGGAGGCGCCCGCGGUGGCCGAGGCGCCGCGCGCACCCGCGGGGAGCCGGCCCGGGGGGCGGAGGGAGAGGAGAGGAGGGGCUGGAGGGGGCGCGGCUUGCUCCGGGUCCCUCCCGGGCGCCGGGCCUCCCUGUCCGCCGGGUCCGAGGCUGGUGGCCGGCGGGGGUCGCGGCGACGGCGGCGGCGGCGGCGCUGGCGGGCCGCGGGCGCGGGGGCCUGGCUCUGGCUCCGGGUGUUGGGAGACAAGAUGGCGGCGGCGCUGUGGAGGCUGGUCUCCUCCUCUUCUCCGCUCUCCUCCGCCCCGCCGCUCGCCGCCUCCUCCGUCUCCUCCUCCUCCUCCUCGUUAGCUGCCUCCUCCUCCUCCUGCAGCAGCCCUAGCGACCGCCGGAGCGCCGGCCCGCUCUCCCGGAGCUCCGGAGGGGGAUAGACG